UUCUCUGCCUCCCUCUCCUCUACGCUGCUUGGAUUUCGCUCUUGCCUCUCAUCUUUCGCUCCUCCUCGCACUCGGCUGGGCUGGGAACAUCGUGUCGCUGGGGCAGCAGCCGUUUGCUGCGAGCCAGACAGGAGCUGCCUGCGGGGCAUGGAAGCUGCCUCCUUGGCAGCCGGGAGAGCAGUGAGCGCGGGCCACUGCCUGUGACCCAGGCGUCCAGCCGCUGUGUCCCUGCCUGGGGAGCUCAUCCACAGAAGGUCCUCCCUUCCCUCCCUGACGGGUCUUCCUCUGCAGAGCCCGGGGAAGCCAGUCCUCACAGGAGCCGAACCAGAGGGGAGCAUGGAGCUGCUGUCCACCCCCCACAGCAUCGAGAUCAACAACAUCACCUGCGACUCCUUCCGCAUCUCCUGGGCCAUGGAGGACAGUGACCUGGAAAGGGUCACCCAUUACUUCAUUGACCUCAACAAGAAAGAGAACAAGAACUCCAACAAGUUCAAGCACCGGGAUGUUCCCACCAAGCUCGUGGCCAAGGCAGUGCCCCUACCCAUGACGGUGAGAGGUCACUGGUUCCUGAGCCCCCGCACAGAGUACAGCGUGGCCGUGCAGACAGCCGUGAAGCAGAGCGAUGGGGAAUACCUGGUCUCUGGCUGGAGCGAGACCGUGGAGUUCUGCACUGGGGAUUAUGCCAAGGAGCACCUGGCCCAGCUGCAGGAGAAGGCAGAGCAGAUCGCUGGCCGCAUGCUCCGCUUUUCUGUCUUCUACCGCAACCAUCACAAGGAGUACUUCCAGCAUGCCAGGACCCACUGUGGAAACAUGCUGCAACCCUACCUGAAGGACAACAGCGGCAGCCACGGCUCCCCCACCAGCGGCAUGCUCCACGGAGUCUUCUUCAGCUGCAACACCGAGUUCAACACGGGCCAGCCCCCCCAGGACUCGCCCUAUGGCCGCUGGCGCUUCCAGAUCCCCGCCCAGCGCCUCUUCAACCCCAGCACCAACCUUUACUUUGCAGACUUCUACUGUAUGUACACGGCCUACCACUACGCCAUCCUGGUGCUGGCGCCCAAGGGUUCCCUGGGGGACCGCUUCUGCCGUGAUCGUCUGCCCCUCCUGGACAUUGCCUGCAACAAGUUCCUGACCUGCAGUGUGGAGGAUGGGGAGCUGGUCUUCCGCCACGCCCAGGACCUCAUCCUGGAGAUCAUCUACACCGAGCCCGUCGACCUGUCCCUGGGCACUCUGGGAGAGAUCAGUGGGCACCAGCUCAUGAGCCUGUCCACUGCCGACGCCAAGAAAGAUCCCAGCUGCAAGACCUGCAACAUCAGUGUGGGCCGCUAGGGACUCCUGGGGAGCUGGGGGUCAGGGAGAGAUGGCAGGAGGGUGGUUUAGGUUCAGGGAGCUGGCUUUCUCUCCUCUGCCCCCUGCUCCCUCUGCUCCAUCCACCCCACCCGAUCCCUUGGCACCGCGAGCAACCGAGGGUGGUCUUGUUGGUAAGCAUGGCCCCCCCCAGGCCUGGUGAACUUGCAAAGGCUUCUCAGCCUCAGGAGGUCCGUGGGUGAGCUGGACUUCUGGAGAACUCCCCUUCUCUUCCUCUGCCUUCCUUCUCCUAGUCUUGGCCUUAUCCAAGCCUCCAUCUCCUAGAUUCCUGCCUGCCCCAGGCUCUCCUGGGGAAGCCCCUCAGGGCUGAAGCCCACAGUGUAGCGUGGCUGCCUCCGGAGAGAUGCAGAGAGCUGUGGGGCGCCUCCUCCUCAGCCCCACCCACCCCACUCAGGGCCACCCCAGAGAGGCCCCUCCCUGCUGAGCUGGGCCUGGGGCUUCCCACUCCAGGCUGGGACUCUCCCCUCUAUAAAUAGCCUUCUGCACCGCUGUCAUGCCCUGGCUGCCCCUUGCCCCCAAGAAUCCUCUUCCUGCAUGGGAGAGCUGUCCCUCCCUUCCUCCCUGUCCACUCCAGAUGUCCCCCUGCUCUCUAGAAAGGGAGCUUCUUUCUUCUCCUGGCUUUGGGACCCUGGGCUGCUGGGCUUUUCCUUUUUUCUGUCUGGAGUUGAUAUAUUCCCCAGGAAACCUUUCCUCGGCUCAGAGAGCUCAGGGGUCUGGAACAGCAACCAUUGGGGUCGAGGAGGGGGAAGGAGACCCCUGAGACCCUGUCCUCAGCCGGACCUCACCCGAUGGGGCUUAGAGACAUGGAACUAGAGACCCAAAGGCUACCCGCAGAGCCCUGGCACCCCGCCUGGCUGUGUGCUUUGCUUGCCCGCUCUGCCACAGUGCCGUGACUGCUCUGUGCCGAGUGUGAUCGGACUGGGCUCUCUGCCACUCCAGCCCCCACACCUGCCCACUGGCCAUUGGCCCUUCCAGACACUCCCCUGGGGCACACUUGGCAAAGCCCUCCCUGGGCUUUCUGUGUUUUUCACCUUGUUCCUACUGUCGCACGGGUCAUGAGGCUGGUGAGGGUGGUCCCCCACUCCCUUCCCAAGAUGAGCAAAGCUGGCGGGGAGACUGGGGAGGUGCGGUGGAAGCAGCAGAGGGUAGCCCCACUGUGACUUCCACAGAAGUGACAGGGAUGACAGACAAGCAGCUGGAUUUCUGUGAUGAAAGACAGAGGGGCUGGCAGGUCAAUGAAGCUGUCCUUGGGUACAGGGACAGGGGCAUUGCUAUGGUGGGCUGAUCCUUGGGAUGGUCAGGAGGCCUGGGGCCUCUAGGAGAUUCGUGGAGAAGGAGAGGACUUGGGUCCUCAGGCCCUUCCCAUCCAGCUGGAUGGCAUUGCUGUGGGGGUGGCCCUCUGCCCUUCUCCAGCCACGUCCUUCCUGUGCUUGCAAUGUACAUCAAUAAACCUCAUGGCCUGAGGCCCUGCCUGUCUUAGUCCAUCCAAGCUGCCAUAAUGAAAUACCACAGACCAGGUGGC